UCGGAUAAUUCUUUGGAUGAGUUUUGGAAUAUGAAAGUUUUAGUAGAAAAAUGAUAAUAAUCGCUCGUGUACAACAUUUUGAAGAAGAUAACUUCACAUUAAAUGACAACAAGUGAAUAAGCGAAUGAAAAGUGCAUGUGGAUGGAUAUACAUUUCAAUUGAUUGUGAAGCACUGCUAUAUGUAUACUAUAUCUCAAUAUCCAUGUAUAUUUUUUUUAAGUGAGUAUAUAUGUAUGACACAAUCAAGUAUUGGGGUGUAAUGUGUGGUAUGCGGUUUACAUCAAAGUGAUUUAUUGAAGAAUACAUUCGUGAUACUAUAAUUUGCUGAAUAAAAUGCAAGAAGUUUGCAGUACAGUAGACCAUGUACGAACUCAGGUCAAGUCGGAAACCGCAAACCCAGUUUCAUUACAAGCAAAUGUUUUAAUUGAUUCAGACGCAACACCAUCUCCAUCAAGUUCACCAUUAAUCCCGAGCAGUGCACGUAUGAAUCGUAAAGCUUUAAUGUGCGAGAAACCUGCGAGGUGUGCUACACAGAAUUCUACAAAUACGGAAACAGUGCCUCAUCAACCGCAAGUUCACCCGGAUUCGUCGUAUUGGAUGCAAAGUGAAAGUGGAUUCAUAAAUUCUCAACCAUCAAUGGCCGAGUUCUUAACUCAUAUCGAUUCCGAAAGUCCAAAGUUAAUUUCCCAAGGAUAUCCUGUAGGAUCGACUGAAAAUUUAGAUUCCGUACCAGAGUACCCAUGGAUGAAAGAAAAGAAAACAGCCAGGAAAAGUCAAACGCAAGCUGAAUUCGUGGCUGAAAAUGGAUUACCAAGACGAUUACGAACCGCGUAUACCAACACCCAGUUGCUGGAAUUAGAAAAGGAGUUCCAUUUCAACAAAUACCUUUGUAGACCUAGAAGGAUAGAAAUAGCUGCCAGCUUGGAUCUCACAGAAAGACAGGUUAAAGUAUGGUUUCAAAACAGACGAAUGAAACACAAGCGUCAAACAUUAUCUAAAACUGAUGAUGAGGAUUCUAGCAAAGAUGACUUGAAAGAAUCUAACUCUAAAAAGUCAUGCCAAGGUUGUGAGUUGCCAUCUGAUGAUAUACCUGACUCAACAUCAAAUUCAAGAGGCCAGAAUAAUAGCACGCCAAAUAUUUCAACUCCAAAUUCUACAGUGGAAACAGCAACUUCUUCUGGAAAUAUGUUCAACGCAGAUUCCAGCGUGGCAUCAACAGGCAGUAUUGACGAUGAAGAAGAAGAUCAUAUCAAACUUAAAAAGACAUCAGAUAGUCCUUCGACUACAAGGAAAAAUAUUUCAAGUGCAAUAAAAACUACGAUUUUGCCGAAAAGUCAAGAGAUUUCGAAAAAAGAUCAAACAAAAACAGUUUCGCAUAUUUCGGGAUCAGGAAGAACGGUUUCAACAGAAGAUUUAAGUAUAAGUCAUUGUAACCAAGCAUCUUUCAACCAUAUCGGAUCAAAUCCAAAUGUAAAAAAUAGAUUGCAAGCGCAUAUUAAUUCUGAAAAUCCAUCUCCAUCAAAUACUAGUGGAUACUAUGGAGUUUUAAAUAAACACGAGACUGUGAAUAAAUUAGACACUGGAUAUCCGUACACGAGAUCAGCCUCCCAUGGUCAAUACAUUAAUCAAAACACUGCAGUCCAGAAAGCAGAGUAUCCUCCGUCUAUAAAUAUAAAAAAUAUUAAUGUACGAAUACAAUCUGAGAAUACGCGUUUGCAGCAUCAUAAUGAAGGAUAUCCUAUGCAUAAUUCACACUAUUACAGUUCUGAGAGCACAACUUGCAAUAUUCCAUUCAACAACUCCCAAUGUUAUCACAACGAAUAUGGACAAUCUGAUUUUAAUGCUGGAUAUUAUGAGCCGAAAGUUCAAUCGUACUAUUACGAUGGGUCCACUUAUCAUCAUCACCACCACCACAAUACCGUCGGAACACAUAUAGUGCAAUCUUCUCCAUUAGAAUAUACAACGGAAAACACCGGAAUUCUUGCUGCACAUGAUGUCCCGGAGAACUAUAGCUUUCAUCAAACGUAUUACGAUCCUCAUUCUACGAAUAUUCCAUUUCAUCAUGGUCCCAACCCAGCAAUGAAUUCUUCAAAUGUUAUAGAACCCAACCACCAACACAUGGGACAAGAUCCUGUAUAUGCACAGAGUAAUACUAUACCUAUGAGCUACGGACCAAAUAGUGGAAACUUAGUUAGUAAUAAUGUACAUUCGAACAUCGUUAAUCUGGAAAAUUCAAAUUCAUCGUCCGACUUUAAUUUUUUGAGUAAUUUGGCAAACGAUUUUGCACCAGAGUAUUAUCAAUUAAGUUAAUACACAGAUGUAGUAUCGUUUUUAUUGUGUACAGAUAAUUAUCAAUUGUGCAUCACAAGCAAAACAUCGCAGUUUAUUAAAUAUAUUUUGUAUUUAAAUCAUAGCCUAAACUUCAAUGUCCAUUGUAGCUUUAAUAUUCUGUUGACAAAUAUUAUCAUCACCAACUCAUGCUUACGUUUGAUGAAGACUUGGAGCAAAACUAAAUGUUUUUGUUAUUAUGUUAACUGAAUUAACUAUAGAUAACUACUCUAUGCAGAUAACAUGUAGAUAAACAAAUAAAAA